AUGGCUACCAAGUCAUCAGGAAAAGCUGCCAUCAAGAAAGCAGCAAAGCAGGAUCAACAAACAGAAAAAAGUAAAAACCCCUCAAGUUUCUUUUCACCUGGACAAAAAUCUAAUGUAGAAAAAAAUCUUGAAAGCUCAAUUAUGUAUUCAUCAAAAAGUGAAGAUUUUAAUCAAAGUCCUUCCAGUCAAACAGAAAAUUAUAUUACAACAGAUUUUCUAAAACACUGUUUAGAAGAACAAUUGGUGGCAAUAACUGCUGAAUUUAAUAAAAACACAGCAGAAACAAAAAAACAGUUUCUGGAAAUAUUGGAAAAACUAAAGCAAAGUGAAGAAAAAAUCACAGCUUUGGAAUACGAAAGCAGAGCAAACAAAGAACAAAAUGAGCAGCUGUAUAAUCAAAUGAGACAAAUAGAAGGAAAACUAGGAGAUUUGGAAGAUCGUUUAAGAAGAAACAACCUAAGAAUAAGAAAUGUUCCAGAAGAAAUUACACAAGAUAAAAUACCUGAGUAUUUGGAUACUUUAUGGGCAACACUCAAAAUAGAAGUGUCAAUUCUAAAUACCAAAAUGGAUCAAUACCAUCGUUUAAGUAAACCUAGUUCGGUUUCUCAACACCUACCGAGAGAUAUAAUAAUUAAUUUGCAGUCCCAUCAAUUUAAGGAAGCUAUACUAUAUGCAGCUCGAACAAAUCAGUCUAAUACAGAAAAGCUUGGUGAUAUUAAGAUUUUUCAAGAUUUUUCUUUCUACACCAGACAACAAAGAAAGAAAUUUAUGACGGUUACUGGUUCACUAAGAAGACUAAAUAUAAAAUAUUCAUGGAUCUACCCCAGUAAAAUAAAGAUAAUUACAGACGGAAGACGUGAGAUAUUCACGACCCCAUCUCAGAUUGAAGAAUGGUUAAGGAAGAAAGAGAAAUGA